AGUUGCUCGAAUAAAAUGGCGUACGUUGUGUGGUGCUGUGUACUAUAUCUCUCACAUUUUUAGCUUUUUCAUAAAAAAUAUAGUCACAAUUCGUCUAAAUAGGUUAAAAUCAAAUAGUAACCAAAAUGCAGGGACAAGACAACCUCUCGAGCUCGGGGGACCACAGGUUGGCCUUAAUUCACGAAAUGAGCGCUCACAAUUUUGAUCUGAUUCGAUUUGCCUCAUACCGAACUGCCACAAAACUCAGAUUUAUCCAGAAAAAAGUCAGCCUUCACGCUGUUGAUAUUUGGAAUGUGAUCGAAGCCUUCAGAGAGCAAGGUCUUCACGCUUUGGAACCGUCUUCAGAGCUCAGUGUUGCACGUCUUGAGACUCUUUUGUGUUCGCUUUAUCAUAGUUUGAAUAAAAGGGCGCCACCCACUCAGCAAGCUCACGUCGACGUCUGUUCAAGUUUGUUACUAAAUUGGCUCCUGGCCGCCUACGCCACUGUAGAUAACGUAGGAAAAAUCCGCGUCUUUUCCAUUAAGGUAGCCUUGGCAACGUUAUGCGCCGGAAAAUUGAUGGACAAAUUAAGAUACAUUUUCUCGCAAAUAUCCGACAGCAAUGGCCAUCUCCUCCAGUGGCGCUUCAAUGAGUACCUCCAGGAGGUCCUGGCCCUGCCGGCGGCCGUCUACGAAUCGCCGACUUUCAAUUACACGGACUCGCUGGCAAAUACGAUCUUCAGUCCCAACGUUAAGGUUACGGUGAACGACUUCCUGGACACUCUGAUGUCCGAUCCAGGGCCGCCCUCGCUCGUUUGGCUGCCGCUUGUGCAUCGCAUUGCCAAUGUUGAAAAUGUCAUCCACCCCAUCCAGUGCGACGCCUGUCAGAGGGAAAAUUUCAGCGGUUUUCGUUAUCGUUGCCAGAAGUGCCCUCAUUACACGCUAUGCCAGGACUGCUUCUGGAAGGGGAGGAUCUCAGCGCCGCACACGCUGGAACAUCAAGUUAAGGAGUACUCUUCUUUCUCGCCUAGUAAAACAAUCGGACAAUCCCUGAGAAAAUCCUUCCGCUGCGUCCCCGACAAGCAAAAAAACAAUCUGCCUCGCUUCCCCGAGCAGCCCGAGAAAACACUGAACCUUUCCCACAUCGUACCUCCUUCGCCGAUUCCUUCCCACAAUGGCUUCCCCGACGGUAAUAAUUUCACGUCGCACUUCGACGGAAUGGGCAGUUUAGAUAGCAGGUCGACGGCGAGAAGCCUCGACAGCGCCAGGGACGACGAGCACAAAAUGAUAGCGAGGUACGCCGCAAGGCUGGCGCAGGAGGCCCGGUCCGGCAUGGCGAGAAGCGGUUACCGAAAAAACUCGCUUUCACCAGACACGGGGCGAGUCCCGUCGGAAGCUUGCCUGGGCAUGGACUCCACGAGGGCGCAGCGGGAGCUGAUUAGUCAGUUGGAAGCCAAAAAUAGAGAAAUAAUGCGCGAAAUUGCCAGGCUAAGACGACAACAAGAGCUGGAAAACAGCGGCCACGGCACCGAAAACCCGGUCCUAAUGAACGAACUGAGAGCGCUACGCAUGCGCAAAGACGAGCUGGAAACCCACCUCACUACCCUCCAGGACUCCCGCCGCCAGCUCAUGAUACAGCUCGAGGGACUGAUGAAGAUGUUGAAGAACCACCAGAGUUCACCCAGAUCCACACCCAACUCGUCGCCACGAAGCACAAAAUCACCGCCGCUACUUCCAGGGGGUGCACCCAGCACACAGCCGCCUAGAAGUGCACCACAGACACCCAUGAGCAUGCCGCCUUCGAAUAAUUCCAUCGUCACGGUCAGUCAAGCGGAGCGGCCGACGCACGUGGGGCACCCGAUGGCAGGGUUGGCGUCGGCGGUGCAGGAGCGCAGCGAGCGGGGCAUCCACAACAGUGACUCUUUGAUGGGAGUGGGCGGGGACGUGAGGAACGCGUUCGGAGGGUCUUCCAGUGUCAGUAUGGGUUCGAAUGGGAAUGGGACCCCGGGGUCGGUGGGGAGGUCGCUACGGAACGAUCUGCUAGUAGCCGCGGAUUCAGUGACUAACGCGAUGUCAACUUUAGUAAGAGAACUGAAUUCAGACCCCUCGAACCAGCCAGAGACUAGUGCAAUCAGAAAACCCUUAGAUUUCGAGGACGACGGCGAGGACGAAAGCGACGGCGGCUGGCAACAGGAGCUGCAGCGUCGCUACGCCCAAGACGCCAACUUCAUGGCCGAGUUGCGCGCCAGACACCCGACCAGCCCGCCGGAAAACCCGAGUCAAAAUUACAACCACCAUCAGUACCCCGCCCUUAACCACCACCCUAAUCAAGGCUAUAUCGCCCAACAAAAUUACCCCAAUUACAAUCAGGCCGAACCCAAUCAAAGCCCUUUCGGACCUCAGACACCCAGUAAGAGUGAACCACAGUCCAGUUUACAGAAUGAGCAGAACAACGAUCAAGGCGAAGAAACUCCAAACAAAGAAGGCAUGAAUAAGGAAACUCUCCAGUUCGAAGAAGCUCUAAAGCAGUGGGUUAAUCGAUAAAACUAGAUAAGAAUGGUUUGAUUAAAAUUUUGUCCGUGUAUCUAAUCAAGUAUAAAAUCUAAACUAAGUCAUUAGCGGCCCUUCGACUAUACCUACUACUGAGUGUGUUAAAGUCUACAUUUUGGGCAUGGGCGUAGCAUGUUAUUAGGUCUAUUCUAUUACAUAGGUACUACUAAAUUAAGGGUGUAUAUAAUGUUAAGGUAUUAAGUGCUUUGCACCCAAUAGUUCCUUUUUGUAUGACAAAAUUUAGUUCAAUUAAGUGAAGUGCGAAGAUUUCCAUUCGGCUUUUCCUGGCUGGACCAAUAAUAAUCCUGUAGUUUUCAUUAUUAGGUUAAAUUAAUUAUUAAACCAUCAUGCUUAUUAUACAUAUGCCGUGACUUUCAUACUUUUACUAACAUUUUCAUGACAAGAAUGUAACUUGGACUAGGUCGCUGUUGUAAUGUCUAGUGUACACUCAUAUUAAUAAUGAUAUUAGGUAAGAACUGUCAAGUGGCAGCCAUGUUGUACUUUGGUUGGCGCUUUGGCAUUGCCUAGGGUAUCGUCAAUACUCAACUGUACAAUUUUGUUGAUUAUGUUGUUUGAUUUUAUUGAAUAUUUACGAAUGUCUGAUGUGAAUAAACUCAAUAAAGGAUAAGUUGCUUAUAAGUCGUAACCUGGAAGUAUUUCAAACCUAGUUACUGAAUUAGGACCUGAAGCAUAUUCUGAUAUAAGUACAGGAAAUGGUGGAGGCGCCGGGUAAACACAAU